UGCUUUGUUUACAGUGCCGUGUGAGUUUCUACCGUUAAUGUCAGACAUAUUUUCCCGCUUCUUGUUUUGACUGUUUAUUUGUUCGCAAUGCGUUUUCGCGAAAUUAAUCUUUUCGUGAAUUAAUUAAUGCAAUUUGUAAUUUUGUGUAUAUCAAGAACAAAAUGACUAAGCCAGCGCUAGUGGGAAAUAUCCAUAUGCUCAAUGAAACAAAUGAGCACCAUGUAGAUAAAAGCAAGUGCCUUGGCAAUUUCCAUUGGGUAAGCGACUACGCUCACGACAUCUUCCAAACACUGAAGGAGUCCGAGAUGCAAAGGCGACGUAUCCGUUUCCUUUCCAGGCAAAUUGAUUAUAGGCAACAGCUCAUUCAACUCUGUCAGUUGAUCAUACGCACAUACAAACUCAGCCGUUGUGCACUGCAUCUGUCCAUAUAUUAUCUGGAUCGCUUUAUGGACGUCUACACGGUCAGAGCGGACAAGUUGCAGCUGGUGGCUCUCACCUGUCUGCACAUUGCAGCACAGAUCGAGAAUCGGGAUGCUUUUGUGCCACGCUACAGUGAUAUGAAUCGCAUUGUGAUGAACUCUUACACUCUCUUCGAGUACAAGGCUGUGGAACGCAAGGUGCUCACAUUUUUCGACUUUCAACUGAUGCGACCCACCACCGCAAGCUUUGUAGAGAUGCUGUCGUGCAAGUAUGUGACCCGAGACGAUUAUGUAGACUACAAUAAGAGCUUGGAUGAAUCUCCGGUACUAGCAGAGAGUUUGCCGCGUUUCGAGAGCUUGGAACAAAUGAUGGCGUCAUUGGCAUCGGUCCUAUUAUUAAUGGCCGACUAUACCCUUAACUUUUAUAAAUUAAGCAACGAUCAGCCUUCAUUGCUGGCAGCAGCCUGCAUUGCUGCAGUGCGUCAAGUGAGCGGAUUGCCCAAGGUCUGGACACCUUUUCUCACCACGCUAACGACCUACACCGAGAAUAUGGUUGAGCCAUAUGUCAAAAUCAUAACCCUUUAUCAUUUCUAUCAUAGUCCGGGCCACGUCGUGAGAAGCCACAAAUCAGAGACUUUGUGGCAAAGUCCCGAUUCCGGUUUCGAAGAGCAAUUGUUGCCACCACGCGUCAAAGUUGUUGCAGCGUCAAAAAUCGAGACCUUCAAUUUUAUAAGCUUGAAGUUGGAAGCGACUGAUAAAGAAAACACGUCACGCAAGCGCAGUCGCGAUUAUCAAUACGAAGUGCAGGAUUCGAAGCGUUCGAAGUUGGAUCAGACCUAACACAAUGAUUUGAUUGGCUUUCGAAAAGCAGUAUAUACAUAAUAUAUUUAGAGAAUUCUUGAACAAUGAAUGUUCAAGUUGAAGUUAUGUUUUUGAGUUUAUUAAAAAAGUUAUUCUUAAUAAGUAUAUUUACAAGAUGUACAUAUUGAUUUUUAAAGUAUGUACAUACUAUAUACAACACGGACGGCUGUGGCAAAUUAUGUGACAAAUCCAUCUGAAAGAAAAGAGCAUAAAAAUAAAACACAUUUGUUUUUGUUUUCCAUGAGAA